GAUGCGUCGAGUCCGAGGGUGGUUGUGUUCGUUGUCGCGGCGCAUCGUGCGCCCGUUGUGCAGCGCUCCUGCACGAGGGUAAUUGCGUAGACUCAUGUCCACCGGGUUACACCGUCGAUUGGUCAACGAGGGACGAGUACAUGGGGAGGAUAUGCCACAAGACUGGGUACAUCCUCGGUCUUACGGGGAGCCAAGUCGCCAUUCUAGUUGGAAUUAUUUCCGGUGCAACAGUCUGCAUAUUCAUCAUCUUGUGCGGUGCAAUUGUGGUGCACAGGAGGAAGAAAAGGGCGGUUAAACUCAUUCGGCAGUAUGAAGACAGUGCUGAAAGACGAGAAUUCCUCAAGCAUCUUGGAACAUUACGAGGCGAAGCAACAACAUUUCUUGCGAUGUUAAACGAUACGAGAAGACAAGUAAGAGAAUUGUACUACGCUGGUAAUAAUGGAGAUGGUGCAGUCGGCGUGCAGGCCUACAGACCCGUGCUACGAGACCUCGCCAGAAUACUAGUUUUGGUAAAUCGAAAAGAUGAUGAGAUAGCACUACCCCCCAACGACUGGCAGAGGCUUCUGGCUUGGGCCGAGCGUCUCCUCAGGAGAUACAAGAAACACACGUCCCCCGAGGUGGCCCAACUAGUGACAUUUCUUCAGCAGCCCACACACCAGUUGACCCCCCAGUCACCCCAGCAGAUUGCAAUCGCUCAAAGCACCCCCCAGACAUACGAAUUACGUUCAACACCAACGAAUCUCACGACAUUCCAAGCAAAUGCACCACUGACAACAUUUCAAGCGAGUGAUAAAUCAAGCAUAAGUCCAGCCUCAUCGAGCCUGGGCUACACCAAAGACAGUAGUCCAAUAGGCUCAAGCCUCGGGCAGAAUAACUCAAUGAUAUACAAUGACAAGCUGAGUCCAUCUGGCUCGACAGUUGGCCAAACUACACCCCUUGUUUAUGGACAGAACCACAAUCCAUCACCACAACUCCAAGAACUCGCUAUUUCAGCAUUCAAUCACAAUUACAAUAAUUCAUUGGGUGAAAAUAGUGUGUCAUGUGGAGAAAGUGAGUGCAAUGGACUUAGCAGUGAUCUUAAUCCACAGUGGGAAUUUCAGACUAGUAUCGAAGCGACAAAUUACACCAUUCUGAAUGAUUGGGCCCCAGGGAGGGACUACCUCAUCGAUGAUUUUACGAUUCUUGGAUUCAGGCCGCAGGAUGAAAUCACUACUGAGUUAUAAUUUAUUUUUAAUUAUUGAUGCAUGUUACGAAGGAGAUGAGGAGGAGAAAAGACAACGAUUGGUCCGAAUUUAUGUAAAAGUUAUGUUUUAUUUAAGUUGAAGGAUUUCGGAGGUUUAGAGAUGGGAUUCGGUAGUGGAGUCGUCAUUCCUGAUUUACUGAGAGUUUACGAAGUUUUUUGGCAAUUGGAUAUUUAUGUCGAGAAUAAGGGGGACCAGAUGGCAAUGUCCACAGACAUUUUGCGUUGUUGAACGAAUUUCUGUAGAAAAUUUUUUUCUGACGUUUUUGUUGGAGAGUCGAUGAUGAAGAUAAUUGGAUAUAUCGAUUAGGAACUGGAUUUUUAGUGGAAAUUGAGCUUUUUACAGUUGAAAUAUCUUGAGAUUCAAUGGAUUGAGGAGAGAUAUAUCAGGAGAGAUCGUCUGUGGCCGAAUUAAUUUUCAUCGAAGAAUUAUUUUCUGUCAUUUUGUUCCAGAGGCGAUAAGAAUGGAGAUAAUUCGAUAAUUCAUUGGCAAAUACAAAUUUAAUUCGGAAUUCAAUACCUUUACACUUGGAAUAUAUGAAUCGAUUUCUGAAAAAGUUGUCUCCUGAUUUUUUUGCAAAGGUGCUUAAUUAGAUAAAUUCAUUGUCUAUUCAAAUUUUGAUUAAAAAUUGGUCUAUUUAUAUACGGAAUACCUAGAAAACAAGUGGAUCCAGCUGUAAAUUCAUUAAUAAUUGAGGUCUUUUACGCUUGAAAUAUUUUAAGGGCGAGGAAAAAAUCUCAAAAGAGCGAAUUUCGAGACCAAUAAAUUUCCGACAUUAUUUUCUUCAGACAUUUCACCCCAGAGCCCAUAUUUGUAAAGAAAAUUCGAUUAUUUCUUCAGCAAUUUAAAUCUCGAUUGAAAAUAAAUGUUUUUUAUGCUCGCAAUAUCUCAAAAACGAAUUUGCGAAAAAAUAUCGAACGAUUUUUUCCUAGUAGAAAAACUAAUCCUGGAGAUGAUGACACGAGUUCAUCAUUCAAUUGAAGUUCGAUCAAAAAUUGAUUUUCUUGCAAUUUUUUAAAAGUGAUUUGGGAAAAAGUGUCAAGGGAACAUGACAACUGUCUUCUGACGUCUCGUCUUAGAUUCAAGUAUCAACAAGUUAAUUAAAUAAAUUCAUCAUUAGAUGACAUUUUUUUUAAGAUAAAUCCGUGACACUCGAAAUAUCAUAAAAUUGAAGUGUCCAAAAGUCAUGUGGAAGCUUUUUGUAAGAGCUGGUUUGUAGGUAGACAAAAUUUUCUGAAGAUAAUGAGGUAAAUUGGUCAUUCAGUUCAAUUUCGAUUGAAAAUAGAAAUUUUUCACUUGAAGUAUCUUGAGAAAAUGCCCUGUCUUCUGACGUUCUCACUUGGACUAGAUGGUGAACGAGAUAAUUAAACAAAUGUCUUAGAAAAUCCAAUUUAAAAAAAUAAAGAUUUUACGCUUGAAAUAUUUUCAAGUGGUUGAAUUUAUGAGGGACAGAAGAUCUAUCAUGUCCUCAACGAAAGCAGUCUCAUGAGGCUUUCUCUUAACAUAAACCAUUCAUGAUUGAGAUGAUUAAAUAUUCAAUGAGCCAAAAAUUGAUCAAAUUUCGCUACUUAUUCGAAACUCAUCUUCUUUCUUUACUCGAAUGUCUGAUGUCUAUAGUAGAUGUGUUUUUCACCAACAACGUGGGACUGAUCUUUAGUGUACCAAAUGUUCAAGAGGUUCUAAGAAUUUAGGUGAUAAUUCGUGUCAAUUAUUUAAGAAAAAAAACACUGCACUAGUCAAUUUGCAAUAUAACGUGCAGUGGAGAAUAAUAAUGAGACUAAGAGUGUUACGAAAAUUUUUUCGAAAGUUUUCAGUGGCUACAUAUCAAAACUUGAGAAAUCCGCCCAAUAAGCAAUGUCAAUUGUCUAUUUUCGAUAAUCUUGAAAAAUUAUUAGAAAACCUUGAACGAUGUCCAGUGAUGAUCUGGUAUUUGUGUAUUUUUCGUACACAUCAUUAUUUUUCACGGCUCGUAGAGAGUCUCUAUGUACAAACAUUUGUAAAUAUUAGAUAAUAAUCUGGAGAUAUAUUCACAUAAUAUAUAUAUAUAUAUACUCGAAUGGAAACAAUAAAUUUAUAAUGAAGAAUCAU